UUUGAAAGCUGGUGGGUGGCUAUAAAGAGACUGUUGCAUACAUCAGCUUUCUCUCUCUUUCUCUUUCUCUCGCUCAUUUCGAUAUAUUCUUUCUUCUUCUUCUUCUUCUUCUACCAGUUUGAGUGUUAAGGUAGAAGAAGGAAGACUGGAAAUGGGGAACUGUCAGGCCAUUGAUACAGCAACGCUUGUGAUACAACAUCCAUGUGGGAAAGUUGAUAAAUUGUAUUGGCCUGUGAAUGCUGGUGAGAUUAUGAGGAUGAACCCUGGUCACUAUGUAGCUCUUCUCAUCUCCACCACCUUGUGCCCAGCAAAUAGUAAUACUGAUGGAUGUCCCAACAACACCAGCGCCACUGCCACCGCCACCGCCACCGUCGCCCCCACAACCAACAAUAGCAACAAUGGGAAUUCUGUUCGGUUGACAAGGAUUAAGCUUCUUCGUCCAACUGAUACUCUCGCUCUUGGACAAGUUUACAGACUCAUCUCUACUCAAGAUGUUAUGAAAGGGCUGUGGGCAAAGAAGCAUGCAAAGAUGCACAAGAACAAGCCAGAAUUACCUGAAAAGCCAGAGAGGGUACAUGAGAAGCCAAAAAGAUCCGAACUUGACAAAGAUCAUCAGGUGAAGAAAUAUGAAAGAAACCGACCAAGAACAACAUCAUCAACCAACACAGCUGCAGCCAAAUCAAGAACAUGGCAACCCUCAUUACAAAGCAUCUCCGAAGCUGGAAGCUAAUGGAUUCUGUCUUCCUAAAACUGAGUAAGAGGCUGUUGAAGAGCCAGAAACUCCAAAACCACACAAAUCCAGCCUUGUUAAACCUGUUAAAGUCACAAAACAACAAGUGGGUACUUUGCCAAGGAAGCAAAAAAAUUCAUCGAGUGCGGAAUCUGAGUAAUGCGUAAUACUUGUACAGAAAAUAGUGAUCGAUAUCCAAAGUAUGUAAUCAUCAAGUGCUCUUGUGUUUAUGUAGUUGGAGUUUCUCCAAAAACAAAUUUAUGAUUUUGGUUGUUAUUAUA